AUGACUGAGUCUAAGAAGUGCGUACACAAAGGGUGCGGCAAGACCUACACCGACGACAAUGAAGACUGCAACUACCAUCCUGGCCCGCCAGAGUUCCACGAAGGCCAGAAAGGCUGGAAAUGCUGCAAACCGCGAGUCCUGACCUUCGAGGAAUUCCUUGCCAUCCCGCCAUGCACAACCGGCAAGCACUCCACAGUGGACGAUACUCCUGCGCCGGAGCCUGUCCAGAACAAGCAGCCGGAGCUUGAAUCGAAGCCUCUCAGCGCGGAAGCACCGUUGCCUGCCCCCACGCCGCGGUUACCGCGGGCACAAGCAACGCAGACACCUCAAUCCGCUUCUCCCGCACCCCCGGAGGACGAAUCGGACGACCCUUCGCUCCCCAUACCAGCAGGCCAAACAUGUAGAAGGCGCGGCUGCAAGGCGGAAUACGUGCCGGGUACGAGCAGGGAGGACGAGAAGUGCAUACAUCAUCCUGGACAAGCGCUUUUUCACGAAGGCAGCAAAGGCUGGACGUGCUGCAAGAGACGCGUGCUGGAGUUUGAGGAGUUCAUGAAGAUCGAGGGAUGCAAGACGAAUGACCGACAUCUCUUCGUUGGCAGUGGGAAGAAGCGCGGCGAGGAGAAUCUGGACAGCGUGCGGUAUGAGACGUCACGUGCACCGUACAGCGCGACAUGGUCACUGACUACGUGUAGCCACGACUUUUACCAGACACCCUCCUCUGUCAUCGCGUCGCUGUUCCUAAAGAAGAUCGAUAAGGAAAAGUCGACUGUCAAGUUCGCGUCAUCCUCAACCAUCGAUCUGGACCUCAGAACGUCGGACAACAAGCGCUACCUGCAGAAUGUGCCACUCUAUGCGCCUAUCGAUCCAGAACAGAGUACGUUCAAGAUCAUGGGAACGAAGCUGGAGCUUACGCUGGCGAAAGCAGAUGGCUCCAGCUGGCCGGUGUUACGAGCGGACGAGCGGUUAACUGGUGAGAUCAUCCAGAUAGGUAGAGCUGGCAGAGCGUAG